AUGAAUCUAGUCCUGCCAACAUUCCUAGCCCCCCCAUCCGCUACUAGUCCUGGAUUACCUCCAACAUCUUCUGUUGGAUGUAAAUGUGAAGAGCUGAAAGAGGAGGUAAAAGCGCUGAAGGAGGAGCUCAUCAAAGAGGUGAAGGAGGAGCUCAAAGAGAUGAAAACAGCUUACGAAGAAACUCAAACAAAUCACAAGGCUUAUAUGAAAAAGUUGGUUGUUAGUAUGUGCGAACAGUUAUUAGCCAAAUCCAACCAAAGGAUGGCCAGUUUAAUUGUCAAAUUAGAUAGUAUGGAGGAGGAGAGGAAGAAGAAGAAGAGCAAAUUGGAAAAGAAGGGCAAGACUGAGGAUAGGAAGGCGGAGGAUAGUGUGGUGAAGGUGGACGAGACUAAGAAUAAUGUGAAGAAUUGGUUGAAAGAUGAAGCUACCAAUGAUGAGACAAAGACUGUGUUUACUUGCGAAGCACGAAAGAAGUUGUUUGUUAGAGUUCUAACAAAGUCCACAUGGCUUAAAGAUUCUGAAAUCGACGUAGUCUGCCACUUGUUGCGCAAAAGGAUUGAGCAAUAUCCCAAGACAUAUAAACAUUGUAAAGUAUCAAUAGGGGAUUGCUUAUUAGCAGAUAUGAUGAGGCGAGAGUACCCGAACUAUAAAAAAGAUCCUGAAAAAUUUCCAAUAUCAGACGUCUUUUCUCAGUACUUCUGGGGAGCGCCUCAUAGACAUAUGCCAGAAUGGCCACUAGUAGACGAUAUUUACGUGCCUUUGAACAUUGGCAACAAGCAUUGGGUACUGUGCGUCGUUCGUGUACAAGAUAAUCACAUUGACGUUUAUGACUGCGACUCGAGUAUUUAUAGGAAUCUCGAUCCAUACAUGAGACCUUUGUGUGAGAUGUUUCCACGAAUAUAUGCAAUGGGAGCCAGUGAUGCUGAGCUACAACGGUAUCCUAAUUUCAAUUUCCAGAAACUGACAUAUAAAAGGUUGCCACACCCAGUCAAAAAUGCAGUCGCCAAAAAUGGGGAAGUCCCUAGAGCAGCAGAAAGUGGGGAUUGUGGUGUAUUUAUGCUUAUGCACAUGGAAUACUUGACUGCUGGUUUAGGUGUAGAGAAGAACUUGACUUGUGCUUAUGUAUUCUGA